AUGACUUCAGGCCAGGGAUGCAGGUACUCUGGGAGAGACCUUUUGGAGACUUUGAAAAGAUUGAAUGGAUUAUGUUCAGCGUUGAAACAGAAUAGGACUUCGAGUUUGGAUCCAAUGGCACAGUUCUGCGUCCAAACGGAUGGGAUGGCCAGAAAUUUGCAGUUUCUGAUAGAAAAGCACUUGAAACUACAAUUGGAUGAUAUUUCUGCUUUACAAAGAUCGUUCUCAGACGUUCAAAUAUUAAACUCCUAUAAUGAAGUGCUGCUGACCUCGACUAAAUUGAUCUUUUCCGUGGAGACACCCUUCUUUAGACUCGGCAAAAGACCUGAGUUUGCCGUACAUCUGGUGAAACUUUACACCAUAUUAACAGGGUUUCAGGGAAGCCUGGGUGUGAGAGCGACCCAAUUGAGCUCUGUGAUCCAUGCAUUCGAGUACCAGUUCAAUCAGAGCUUCAAUAUUGCAAAUUGCAACGUUCUGCGACUUGAUCAAGUUCACGAUCUAUUGUCGCACUCGUUCGAUUUGGUGUCACCGCCGCUGAUUGACAUUAAUGAUGUGACCAAACGUGAUUAUUUCAGGCUCUCUAUGAACAAAUAUAACGUGGAUCACCAAUUGGUUGAAAUACUUCAGUUUUCCAGCGGUGAAUUGGCCAUCUUUAAAGUGAACUUUGGCGAAAUACCUAACUUAGGAGCUCCACCGUCUCAACAGCUAACGACGCUAGCUCAGGGAAAUUAUAAUAUAUUGAAUCUAGGAAGGACUUUGCUGUUUCCUAUUCUGAGAGAGUGUGACUUGGAGAUUAUUAACAAUCUCUCGUCGGGCACAGAGCUCAAGACCACCACAGGAAAUGGUAUUUGUCUUAAAUUACAAUGUGUCGAUCCCGUGCAAUGGGAAAGUCACUGGAAGAUCUGCUUCAAAAGACUUUUUGAUAAGAGCGAUGUGAUACUAUUGACUCCCAGAAGCUACUCUUCAGCAUCAUUAGCUAAGUCAUCGCAUGUUUUCCAAAGCUUCAAAUUGAAACAUAGCAAGUUGGAAGAAUUGAGACCUGCAUCAAACACAGGGCUUCCAUUGAAAAUACCACAGCCAGCUUUGGCCGCCGAAGAAGAUAAGGAGUCCGUUCAGAAGAGUCCUCCACAAGUGGUACGAUCUGGCCUGAGGAGGUCGAAACCAUUGAGAAGACCUUUAUCCGUGUUGAUGGGAAUUAAUGAGGAAGAAGAGAAGAAGCGUUUGAUGAAAGCUCCAAUUUCACCUGAUAAGCAAUUGACACCCCCAUCCUAUGAGGAUCUUGAAUCAUUCAACUGCGAAAAGCUCCUCGAGCUUGAUAAAACCAUCCAGAUGGAAAUGUCCCCAGUAUCUAUGGGAAGCGCUGUGAUGCAGCAGGUCAAAUCGGCAUCACAACAUUCAUCUUUGGAUCAAAUUGCCCCAACGUUAGGGCAGGAUAUAGAACUUGGCGAUGAAGAGAGUGUUCUCUCACUGGAUGAAGAGGACAGUCUUUCCGACAGUGGUUCCACUUUCAACCCGAGUGCCGACUUUUACAAACCGACGUUAUACCGCCGGAAGUCCACUUCUCUAUUAAGCUUAUUCAGCAGUAAAAACAAGAAAAAAUUAGUAGUGGAUACAGCAGCUGCUAAUGCAUCAGUAACGAGUGUUACAAGCUCGAGAUCGAACACUCCGUCAUCGGCAAAAAGCGGCCUACCAACUUGUGCUACCACGAAGGAUUUUGAACUAUUGCCUCGAACAAUUGAUUUGAAUAACGAUUUGGCCAUCUUUGAGAGUGAAAAUAUCAAGGCAUCUUUGUGGGACGGGCGGCAAUGGAUGAAAUUUGGAGCAGACUCUCUAAAGGUGAGUAUUCUUAAGUCAGAUGAAGAUAAGACUGUUAUGGUUCUAUAUGAGAGAAAGGAUGAAUCAAAGUGUAUAUUUGCUGCGCACAUCUCCCCCAAAUGGAAGUGUUCAAAGGCAGCUGCACAAGAUCUCCAAAUUGUCAUACCCACUCAGAAUUUCAUUGUCAGCAUUUUACCGCCAGGUAGUAAUACAAUAAACAUGAGAAGCAGUGCGGCAGAGAAACUAAAAAACUCCCUUCAGCAUUGCAUAAAGGGUAAUUUGCCGAGCUUCAUCCCAUCAUCUCAAACAGCAGCGACUCUAUCCAGUGUACCAUCAACAUUUUCGAGCCGUGGAGUCACACGUUCAUCAACAGCUUUAUCUGAGCUUGCAAAUUUCAAAAACAAGCCAGAUGCCGUUGAUUCACACCUUUUGCUACCAUCCGUGAAGGUCAAGAUUCAUAAGAAGGUCGGCGAAAAAGGUUGGCAAGCUCAAAAGAUUGGUUUCAUCGAUAUUUUCUCCCAGGAAUACAAGGGAUCUGCGAUUGCAGUGAAAUUCGAAUAUUUCGGCGGUAAUGAAGAGACUGAGAAGCCACUAACGUUUUGCAGUCAUAUAAACGGCGUUCAUAGGAUUGGCAGAACCGGUCUCCUAGUGGCAUCCGAGGGUGAAGAACGACUACUAGAGUUUAUGAAUAACAUUGUUGCCGGUCAAGUAUACAAAUUGAUCAAACCGUUCUGA